AUGUCCCGCCAACUAGCCGACAAAAAUACCCUAAUACGAGAUGAAAUCCUGGAACUAAAUACCUCUAGUAAUAAACUGAAGAAAAGGUCAAAUGUUGCAAAUUAUGGAACAUACGGCGAAAACACCAUUAAACUGUCCAACGUACCCUACCGUUGCAACUAUGGUGUGCAAGAGGCCAUCAAGCGAUGGUACAAUGAAGGACGUUAUUUCAGCUUUUCAUCGCCCCAAAUUAGCAAGGACACAUCACCUUUUACACAAGUCAUCUGGAAGAAGAGCAAACAGCUAGGAAUUGGUUGCGCAGAGAGAAAUGGUUUACUUAUUCACGAUUUGUACGUGGUUGCUUUGUAUAAUCCGGCUGGAAAUACACUUAUUGAAGUGCGUGAAAAUGUUAGAAAACCUGGUAAAGUAAAUAAUGUUUAUAGAGAUGUAUACUGA